UCGCCCGGCCCGCCACGGACGCGGCCAUUUUGCGAUUGACUUUUAAUUUUUUUCUUUGCUGUGAUUUGGCGCGAUUUAUAACAGUGUACAGUUUUCAGUGUUUUCGGACUAAUUACUGGAUUAUUUUGUUAUCAUUUGAUGUAAUGCUGUGAUCAUGUGUAGCCUGAAUGGUUCAAGUUAGAGUGGUCGGAUUAUGUGAUGCACAACAAUGGGUGACAACGAGGGACCUGUUACGGUGGACGACCUGCCGAUUACGUUUCAAGUGAAGUAUUUGGGUCAGAGCGACGCGCGCGGGCUGUGGGGCAUCAAGCACACACGUAAACCUGUGGAUCUGAUGGUCGCUGCCGCUAAGGCCUUACCACCAGGUCAAAUCCUGCCGAUGGUGAAGCUGAUGAUCACAGUAGACGGGGUGCACGUGGAGACGGCGCGGCUGGCGGGCAAGCGCGAUGAGUUCGAGCACAUGGCGGUCUUCUUCAACAUUGAGUCCAUCUCCUACGGCGUCCAGGACCUCGUGUACACGCGCGUCUUCUCCAUGAUCGUCGUCAAGGAUAACGCGGAUCUCAAAGGAUUGAACCCAUUCGAGUGCCACGCCUUCGUCUGUGAAUCUAGAAACGCAGCGAGACGGCUGACGUAUUCGCUCGCAGCCGCGUUUCAAGAUUACUCCAGAAGAGUUAAGGAAAUGCAAACAGCACCAGAUCAAGAAGACAAGCCACCGAGCCUUAAGAAGAGGUUUGCUAUCGACCUGCGCACGCCAGAGGAGAUAGAGGCAGACUUCGAGACUGAGGCUUGACCAAAGAUUACCUAAUACUUGAGUUGGCACGUCGGGUCAAUUGCUACUCCUAAUACUGACGUGCCAACUCAUUGUACCUUUUCGAGUAUUGAACUGAAGCAGUAAAUAAUCUAUUGAAGCAUAAAGUGUACACGUUUUUAGUUAUUUUGUAUAGAUAUUAGUAUACGCAAGUUAGGUGACUAUCAUGAAUCAUGAGUGAGUAUUGUUUUUGAUAAAUGCAAUUUACCAUACUUUUUGUAGAUAUAAGGGCUAUGAAAUUCUUAUUUAUUCCGUUAAUGUCUUAUUUAAACGGAAAACAUUUUAUUCAAAACUUUAAAUAAGUAUACAAUAAUUACACAAGUUAAUUAUUAGACUAUGAGAGCUCUAAAUAAUAUGAGGCUGUUAAAAUCCUGCCAAAAAAUAGUUUGAAGGUCAUAUUUAUACUGACCAGAGACAAAGUGCCACACUUAGCAAUGCCUUAGUGGUCAUUUAACGUGUAAAUGUGGCAGUAAAUGUAUUAUUUUUGAUAAUAUCGUAAACCAAAGGUAUCCCUCGUGUGUAAUUAUUAAUAAUUUUAACAUAAGUUUAAAUUCAAUACGUAAGAUUGUAUUUUGCUUGCGGGUGCUUUAUAAAGUUUUAUUUAGGGCUCCCACAACUGGCUGAUAGAGGCUCAGAUAGCUUAACAAUGUCACUGUCAGAUAAUGUUCCAUUGUUAUAGAUAAUUUACAAUUUGGUGGGACAGGCUGUAACCCUUGUUAAAACCUUCUUUUAUGUAAUAACAAUUUAUUUGACAGACUUUUCUAAAAUUUACAUUUAUAAAAGUUUUACUACCACCACGUAUUAUAAACAUGUUUCCAUUAAAAUGUCUUGAAAAAUGCUAAAACAGGUAAUGUGGCGGGGGGUGUGGGGCGAGCGUUACAUGGACGAACACCGCUUACAUAAAUGUUCCAACUUAGGUGAGGCGCAUUUAUGUAUGGCGAGUUAAUGCUUUUCCGAGGACCCUUGAGUGUUCAAGCAAUGGUUGAAGCACCAAGAGUGCCUAGCGUAAGCACACCACGAAUAACCAAGCACCCCUCAAGCUCGUCACGGCGGCCGAGGUCACGAAACCAUCUAUUUACAUUGAUAGUGGCAUGUAAGUGAACCACGGCGCCAUCUAGUGACAAGCUGCGUAAUUGUUCAGUUGCAUGAAUGCAUUAAGGCGCCGCAUGCACGAUUUUACUACUCGGCAUACGAUGGCGCGAGUAAUCUUAUUUUAUCUUGUUACAGUAAUUUAUUUUUCUUUAUUUAACUUAAUUAAACAUAAAUUAUUGUAAAUAGCGUGUAAUAACCGCAUAAUUUAUUCUAUAUAAGCUUGUAUUUAUUGGUUGAAUUAUUUAUGGGCGCUAUUAUUAUUAAUUUAAUAAUUGUAGUUUUGUGAAAUUUGUGAUACUAUUAAAUUUUAAUG